AAUCCUCCAGGUGAGGAAGAGGGUGGUAACUUACGACUGCCCGGUGGUCAGGGGAUCUCCGAACGAACAAUACAGGCUUGUAAUUCGGAUGUAUGAGGGGACUAUGGUAUAUGAGGGUGGAAGUGAUUGGAUGCUGAGUGUCUGUGUGUCAAACACGCUUCUUCGAAGUUGUGUCUUUCCUUCCUCGAUUGAUACAGUGAUUUUGAGAAUUGGCACUGCAAAUUUGCAGCCCUUCCUGAUCAUAGAAUAUCGUGUCGCUUGCAUGCCCCUUGUUCCAACAUCUCAUCACUCCACAGACAUAAUUUCAUCAGGCACUACAUCCUUCUGGGCUUCCAGCCACUUCAAAGACCGGCUCUCAUCAUGGUCGAUCCCUUGCUCUUCCAUACUCGGGACAUCAAGGGAAACGUCCAUGGUAUCAUUACGAGCUUUCAUGAUAUAUCACAACUACACAAGACGCUUCGGUCAAGGGUCGAUAUCACACAGAACAUUGCUACUACCCAAAGACACGACGAUACCUCGGUCUAGGAUAUCCAAGGGCAUCUCUCCAAAUACGAAAGACUCAACAUACAUCGCGUUGCUGUGAUGUCGUUCAUCAAGCUAUGCGUCUAGGACAUCGCAACUCGAUCAUAGAAAGAUUCAAAAGUGCUCUCUACUUUGCAGCUUACCUCGAGACCUCUUUCUGUUUUUCGGCUUUCUGCUUUCCCGUGGAUCAGGCCAGAUGAUGAGAUGAAUAUUCUCCGUGCUCUAGGGGCUGUCAUUAAUAAACACCCUCAUAUCAUCAACGAUAUGCCAGUCG